GUUUGCUUCUGAGACAAAGGUGUUUUUAUUGUCAAGUUAGUUUACUUUUAGUUGUCUUUCUAGCCUCAAUCGGUUGCUGAAAGUCUUUAAGUAUCUUGGAGAUGGAAGGAAGCACCGAUUCCUUCAGCGGAAACGAGUGGGAAUUAAGCAAAGAGAACGUGCAACCACUAAAACAGGGCCGCAAGAUGGCGAACCUCACCGCCGCGCUCGCUCCAAGCUCUGUCGAUCAAACGAGGAUAUUUAGAGAGAAACAGUAAGUGUUAUAUAUUAUUUCACCACUUCGAAACGCUUGUAAAUCUUGCUGAUCCUCUUUUGUUUCUAUCUAAAGGGAAUUUGAGGCGCAGCUUAGAACAUACGAAGGAGAAGACCCUCUAGAAAUUUGGUACCGGUGAGUGUGCAAACCAAAGAUCAUAUCUUUGAAUCGAUCUUGCAUACACAAACUGCGACUACCUAUUUGCUAAGUAAAAGAGUAAACUUCCAACUGCUAGGAUUUUAGAACUGAAUUUAACUGUGAUUUUCUUACAUUGUAUUAGUUACAUAAUUUGGACAAGUGAAAACUUUCCCAAGGGUGGAAAAGAUUUAGCGAAUCUGCUGGAGCGCUGCAUGACAUUUUUCAAGGACCAGGAAAGAUACAAGAACGAUGAACGAUAUGCCAAAGUCUGGCUUCGUUACGUGAGUAUAUAUUUAUAUUUAUGCUGCCUUUUUUUAGACUGAAAAGGUUCAGUGAUGCAAUAUUAAAAUUGGCAGGAUUUUAUACUUUUUGAUCCUCGGGAUCGGUUAAACUUCAGAAUACCUGGCCACUUGUGGCACCAGAAAAGUGCUGUCCCUGGUCCUGUCUGAUUAGCGCGGGCAGCUAGUGAAGCUGCACGGGGAAGGGAGGAGGGGGGCAGAUUUAAAAAAAGCCAGUAAAAAGAGGGGCUUAAGUGGUACAGUUGAACCUCGAUUAAACGGCCGCCCCAUAUUAAGGUGACUCGACCCAGUUUUUUUGGGGGGGUACCAUCCUACUUUGAAGCUCUCUGGUAUCCCCACCUUUACUUUUAUCGUAAGUCUAACACAUAGAAUGGAUAACAUAUAGAUCAAUCUACAAUAUAACAUAAAAUUUUUGGCGAUCGGAGUAAAUGUCACGUGGUUAUAAUGCCACGCCCCUUUGAGGUCUGAGUCGAAAAUCUGCUGUUGCCGGCAUUUUUUCGUGAAAAUCUCUCGGCUACACAUAGUGCGCAUUAGUGCCUUGCGCUGAACAGAGUUUCACCAAAAUCGCAAAGACCCAAUUCGAGAAAUUCAGCGGUUUCCAAAUUUAGGUCAUAAUUUAUGCGAAAAUGAUAAGCAAACUUUACACGGAUUAUAUCUAAUAAACUAUGAGAUUCAUCUCUUUAUUUUGGGCAUCGUUAUAACAGAUGGGUCCUUGCAAGUCAGCAAAACGCUUUAGGGCCUUGUAAAUGCGCGCGAUUUCGAGCAAAGCAAACAUAUAGAAAUUAUAGUUUUCGCUAUUUGUUGACGUUUGUCAGCGUUUAAGAGUCCUUCUCACGAAAAAAGCAUUUUCUUAAAAAUUCGUAGUUUUUUUUCCUUCAAAUUUUUUCAGGGCCACAAUUGAUUAACUAACUACCCGGACUCUGAAUUUCAUGGUCAUUGAAAAACUGUGACAUUAUCUUCUAUAAGCCCAAACUUGAGUAAACAUUGAAGAUUUUUAGCGUUUUGGCUGAGUUUGUGCUUUGGGAGUUGUCUAUUGUUUCUAGUCUGUCAUUAUACAGCAUUCUUGUUCAGCACGCGUGCAAUGACCACGCUUGGCUGACUUCCGAAUGCUCACCGAGAUAUUCCCGUCACGAGUUGGUUUAAUUAUUGGCUUGCAUUAAACCUAUGAAAAAAUGAUAUUUUUUUAAUAGUAAGUAGAUUUAGUGUGUAGCACUUCUUGAUUUUUUUGCAAAGGCACAAGAAGCACGAGAAUUGAUUAAAAAUUGUGACUUAAACCUCUAUGUAUCACGCGAUGGCCUGUCUCACUGUACCAAAAUUAUUAUAUCUCGGUGAGCAUUCGGAAGUCAGCCAAGCGCGGUCAUUGCACGCGUGCUGAACAAGAAUGCUGUAUAAUGACAGACUAGAAACAAUAGACAACUCCCAAAGCACAAACUCAGCCAAAACGCUAAAAAUCUUCAAUGUUUACUCAAGUUUGGGCUUAUAGAAGAUAAUGUCACAGUUUUUCAAUGACCAUGAAAUUCAGAGUCCGGGUAGUUAGUUAAUCAAUUGUGGCCCUGAAAAAAUUUGAAGGAAAAAAAACUACGAAUUUUUAAGAAAAUGCUUUUUUCGUGAGAAGGACUCUUAAACGCUGACAAACGUCAACAAAUAGCGAAAACUAUAAUUUCUAUAUGUUUGCUUUGCUCGAAAUCGCGCGCAUUUACAAGGCCCUAAAGCGUUUUGCUGACUUGCAAGGACCCAUCUGUUAUAACGAUGCCCAAAAUAAAGAGAUGAAUCUCAUAGUUUAUUAGAUAUAAUCCGUGUAAAGUUUGCUUAUCAUUUUCGCAUAAAUUAUGACCUAAAUUUGGAAACCGCUGAAUUUCUCGAAUUGGGUCUUUGCGAUUUUGGUGAAACUCUGUUCAGCGCAAGGCACUAAUGCGCACUAUGUGUAGCCGAGAGAUUUUCACGAAAAAAUGCCGGCAACAGCAGAUUUUCGACUCAGACCUCAAAGGGGCGUGGCAUUAUAACCACGUGACAUUUACUCCGAUCGCCAAAAAUUUUAUGUUAUAUUGUAGAUUGAUCUAUAUGUUAUCCAUUCUAUGUGUUAGACUUACGAUAAAAGUAAAGGUGGGGAUACCAGAGAGCUUCAAAGUAGGAUGGUACCCCCCCAAAAAACUGGGUCGAGUCACCUUAAGUGGCCAGUAAUCAAAGUCUCAAAAUACCGUAAAAUUCCGAAAAUAAGCCCCAGGGCUUAUAUUUUUCAAAGGCGCUUUUUGAGCGGCUUAUUUUUGGAGGGGCUUAUCUACAGAGGGAAAUUUACAUUUCAAAAUCGAUAGGGCUAGCCUUAUUUACCAUUUUAUUUAUUUACCAAAAAUUUACCAUUUUUGCUUUGUUUUACUUUGUAUUUGAGAGCAAUUUUCCAAGUACAAGCUCCUGGGGGGGCCGAGGAUUUUUUGCAUUACGAGUUUGGGGGGCUUAUAUUUGGAGGGGCUUAUUUUCGGAAUUUUGCGGUAAUUGUGGAAAAGAAUGGGUAAUUAAACCCCUGUUAAGCAACCAUCCCAACAAGGGUUCUCCUCUUGUUCUCAACUCUACUGAGCAGCCAUCCAGUGCUUGAUACACUUAGCUUGGCUUCAUUUUAAGAAUAUGAUGAAGAAAAUACAGUCCGAGGUAGGUGACGACCAAUUGUGGACCAUUAUUGCUUCCCCCAUCGCGUGUUUGAUUCAAAAUAAAGUGAUGUUUCUACUAACGAUUAUGCUAAUGCAAAUUUAUGACAAACCUCUAUUGAGCUGCCAACCUCCAUUAUAAGCAGCUAGCCUGCGUAGCAGGCACUAUAGUCUCCCUCGCGUGUCUUGUUUUCUCUUGUGCCUAUUUAUUCCUGAUGCCUGCAAUGUAGGCUAUUAAGCGGCCACUUGCCGGUAGCCCCAAGGUUGCCACUUAAUGGAGGUUCAAAUAUAGAUUUACUUGCAACUGAAAUGGGGCGUGAGAUUACCCCCUACCAGGGCAAUCCUUACCGGGAUUCUUAUUGGCCUGUUAGGGAUUGUAUCCGUCUGUUUUGAGACAAGGAGGGGGAAGGAAAGAUUAUAGCAAGUGCACAUGUACAUGGCAAAUGUUGGAGCCUUAUCCUGCAUGUAAACAUUAAGAUGAUGUCUUCAAUGUAUAGAGUCGCCCAGCUGUAUUAUUAGUAAUAGAAAUGAUUUUAACUUUCUGUAGAGUGACAUGUCCACAAAUCCUAUGGACAUUUUCAACUAUAUGCACAGUCAGCAAGUUUGCAGUGGACUAGCUCUUUUCUACGAGUCUUGGGCUCAGCUUUUAGAGAGUUUUGGGAAUCACAAGAAGGCAGAUGAAGUCUAUAACCUAGGGAUCCAUAGGACUGCUCAACCAGUGGAGAGACUAAUCAAACAACACAGGUAGUAAGAUCGUUUUGCUUUGUUUGGGAUCGCUGUUCACUAUUGAGAUAUUCAUUUAGGAAUCAAUGCUGUGCUCUCAGAAAAAUUAAAGGGAGCCCAGUGCUCUGAACUUGUGAAAUCCAAGGUACCCAGCAUAUGAUUUCUAUGAAAAAAACUAAGAUGUUCUAGUCGCCCAGAAGCAAAAGUUAGGUGCCACAGGCCAGCCAGGCACUGCUAGAGCACAGCUCUGAGAGACAUUCCUUUGUAAUUUGAUUAAGGGCAUUUGAGAUGCGCCUGACUGAAAGAGUUGCCAAUGGAUUACAAGAGGUGAAGCUGCAGGAAAAUUCUGAACCAGAGCGAACCACAUUAGGUGGUCUGAAGAGGCAAGGCAAGAAAGGGACAGUGGGAACCAAACGAACUGGAAGCGCAACACUCUGUAAGUACAGUGUAACCCCCUCCCCCCCCCCCCACUCUAAUACUGAUGGAGUUCUGAUGAGAUGAUUUGUCAAAUGAUUCCAACUUUUAAAACUCUGGCCCCAGUUGUUAAAAAGAUAGCACUAUACACUGGAUAAAUCACAUCCACUUCUCAUCUGCUGGAUACUGAUAUGUCUGAUGGAUAACGCUACUAAACAUUUGAACAAGUCAACUGCGGCCUGGUUAAGAUCUUAUGGUGUUACAGUAACCAUGCAUGAAACGGUACCCCUUUGGUGGGACCAUAGUACUACAUGUAGUGAGUGAGUACUACACUGUAUAAUUAUAUGCUUACAGUCAAAGCAGGUCAAGCAUUCCCAUCGCUAACGGACUAAUGAAUUUAUUAAUGGAAAAAUGAUUUUGUUUCUUGAUUCAAUAAACAAUUCAUAAUAAACAAUCCAAUAUUCAAUUAGUCAAGUGGUUGUAAGUUAAUAAUAUUAUUUAAUGUUGUCUUGCUCUUUCAGCCAAUAAAGGUGGCAUAAGUGUUGCUGCAUUCCAGACUGGUAACACAUCAAGUAGUGGUUUUAAAAUUUUUUGUGAUGAUUACCCUGAUGCUGCUAGUUCCCUACCCCCAUCUACUGGGGAGUGGCAAAUGCCCCCCACAGAACCAGUGAUAAGAAAGGAAAACACACAAAAACCUGGAAAAUGGACUGAUGCGAAGGUACAGUAAUUUGUAGAAAAAGGAUAAUAUUGGCUUAUAAAAGUGUGAUAUUCAACUAGCCAUGAAUUCACAAAACUGCAAAACUGCCAUGCUGGAGAGUAAAAGUCGCACUGGGGCUCAUUUCUUAGCUGAAGUUAUAGUAUUUUGCAAAGACGUUAACUGGUCUGCUUCACAACUGUUCUUCAUGUCAUUGUAUGACAACACAAAAAAACAACGGCUGUGGAGCAGACUAGUUAACUGCAUGAGAACUACAUUGUAAGGAAAAAACAAUGUCAGUGAUGAUUUUGCUUAUCUUUAUCUAGGUCUCUCAGAGAAAUCAGAUUUCAGUUCCCCUCAAUGGUACAUGUAUGCCUCAGAAGCCUACCUUUUCAGUCCAUGUAGAUGACGACGUUGUUAACCACCCCACUCCAGCUCCAAAGCAAGUCUUGCAGUUUGACAAAGUACUGAGUGCAAAAAAGCCCGAUAAGCACUCUGUUAUGGAAGCCCUUAGAAAUAAGGUACUGUGAGGAAUAGCGUACAUUUUUGCCGCAUGUUUACUUUGGAUAUAGCAAGCUAUAAACCUACUUCCUGUGUACUACUGGCACGAGUUACUUGAUCUAGUAUACUUUUACAAGGCUACGCAUAACAUGAUUCACUUAGAUCCGUCUGUUGUUCCCUUCGUGCAUGAAUGCGCGCAAAGGACCUGUAUAUCCGUAAUGAGCUCUCAAUCUUUUGUGCCUAAACAAUGCAGGAUUUCUACCUUUCAGAAAUCUUUUUUCGUUAGAACCACUAGAAUCUGGAACCUGCUUAUUACUAGACUUGACCGAGAUAAUGUUACUUUUGAGAACUUUAAAUCUGUUCUUUACGGUUAUUACUCGCAGGCUCUAGUAAUAAACUAUGACCGAGACUCUCCAAGGAGCUUCAAAAGUAUUUGCCUGAAAUGUAACACAGCCAGGUUUUUAGACCAGGAAAUUAGCUGCUGCAUGUGAUUUAAAUUGCUACUUUUAUAUCUUUUUAUUUUUUGGGUCGGCAGUAAUUGGCUUUAGCUGUUGCGGUGUCCCUGCCCUAAUAUUUAAGUUAUUAUUAGUGUAUUGUUACGUUCUUAUUACUAGUGUUUGCAUAUCUACAGUGUUUUUUUUUUUUGUAUUCUUCAGGACAAAGCUAAUAAAAUAAAAUGAAUAAAUUGACACUGUUUUAAUUUAAUAUCCAACCAAUUUGACUAUGCUAUACUGAUACAGGGCGUUCAUUAAGCAUUGGAGAUCCAAGAAUUCUCUUUUUACUACACAGAAUUCUCCCAUUAGGCAUCAGAGAUCUGAGAAUUCUCCAUUUACUAGGCAGACUUCUCUGGCAAAUGUUCAGUAGGCUAUGACUAUUUUUUAUUCAGACUUGGAGCCUCUUUCAAAAAUAAUGUUCUCCUGUAACAUUACACCUUUUUCCUACUACUAGAAUUCUUUAUGAAAACCCUGGCUAUGUGACUGGUCUUUUUUAACCUGAAACAUGGCUUAUUAAGAAAUCAAUCAAGUUUGUAUCUUUCAUGUGGAGGGUAAAAUUGCAGCACGUACAAGAAUUAAAUCCUUCAGAGGACCCUCUUGCAUUUAAGCUUGGGUACACAGCUUUAUUAACAACUCAAAAUCUAUGCACCUAGAAUCAUUGUUCAUUUCUUCAGUACCACUCUUACCAAGUUGGUUACUUAUGACCUCAGUGCACUCACAGUUUAUGUCAGGGCCAACUACAGUCUCUUUUUAGUGAAACUUGGGUUGCCUGUGGCUAUUCCUUUGAUGUAUCAUUUCCACCAUUUUGUCCCCUGACUUACAGACAGAAAAUGCUGAAAUCCAGACGACCAGAGUUAUGUACUGCAAAGAAAAAAUUUAUGCAGGAACAGAGGAAUUCUCCUUCGAGGAACUCCGAGCAGCCAGGAUCUUUUCAAAAAUAAGGGAGGGGACAUAUAAACCAGCAGACGUAAAGCAAGAGCAACAACAAAAUGUAAGAUACAUGUACCCUAAGAGAGAGGUCUACUCAUUUGAGGGCGAGUUUCAGUAUGAGGAAAUUCUUGCAAGGAGAUAUUUGGCUAGGCGAAAGAAAUAUUUGAUAGCAGUUAACCAAUCAGACUCUAAAAAAUCAACUUGUGCUUCAAGCUUUGUUGAGAGCUCCAGAGGUUUGCCCAGCAAUGAAGAUCCCUGCCCCAUGCUGUAUCCUUCGACAGUUUUCCCGCACCAGUUCCGGUGUCCCUUUGGUUCGAAACUCCUUUUGUUAGUAAAAUGUAGUCGUUCAGUUUCGUCCACUAAAACAACUUCGUAAAAUAUGUGAUGACGGGGUAUUGCAGGAUAAGCCUGCAAUUUAUGUAGCCACCUCUUGUCACUCCCUCCCACUGCCAACUUGUACAGAAACAUUUUGAGAUAGAGACUUGGUUUUGGCUUAAAAACUUCAACAACAACCACAAUCUUUAUUUGUAGUCACUCUUGCUCAAAAAUAAAGUACAACCAUGAAAAUAUUGAUGACAAAUCAUGUCUACAAAAUAAAUCUGGUCUUCAUAGGGUUCCAAAUGUAAAUUUUUACCUCGUUGAGUUGUAGUUUAAGAUCUCCUGGUCAAACCUCAAAUGCUUCUAGUAAAAUAACAUUUUGCGUGGAAAUAAGUCUUUCUUGCUACAUCAUUAAGUGGGAUUUCUCUUAACCUUUGUGUCCUUUUUACUUUUGCCAGUCAUUUGUAAACAAAUGCCGAGAGAGUAAGCAAGCGAGCACCUCACCAGAUUCUCGACAGAAUUACGUCAUCAGCAUGGGAUUUUUGGGUGCAAAAUGCAGACGUCUCUCUUGUGAUACGUCUAUCUCAGAAACUGAAGGGAGGGAAAUGUUUGCCUUUGGAGAGUUCACCACUCUUGAGAGCACAUUUAUAAAGAAGACUAUUGUAUUUUAUAGAAAGGGUAUUUUUUCUUCGAUGUGAUGUUUGUGAAUGAUUUUACGUUUACAGUGGGGAGCCAGUAGCCAGGCGGGGUUUGGCUUUCACAGAUCACUACAGCACUCCGCCUGUACAAAAUUCAAGUGCAUUGGAUGAGAGAUCACAGUUUGACGCUAUAUCUGUGCCAUCAAAUGUUCCUCAGUUUGGAUAUGGUAAAUCUGCUUUUCAACCAGUAGGCUAUGGAGUACAGAACAAACCCAGCGAGUUGAUGCCCCAAGUUACACAAGCAAGUAGACCACCAAACAUUUCAAACUACCACGAUCAGGAAAACAGACUUCAAAACCCUUCAAGUGACUCUAAAGUGGGUGCGGCUUCUGUUCCUGAGACCUCUUCGGUAAAUGGCAUGCCUUUUGCUCAUGAGUCAAUCACAGGCAACAAAUUCAACGUUUUCUCUCGAACCCCAGAUGCCAAUAAAUCAGGUGAUUUAAACAGCUCAAAUCUUACCGGCCCAUCGCCGACUGUGUUUACCAAGCAGGCGCUGAUGGUAGUUCGUGACAUGUUUGCUGGGCCUCUAGAGUCGGAACGUGAUUUUAAUCAACUGGAUCAGACAGAUAGAGACUUUGAAGCGGCAUUCAGUAAUGAUCAAACUACACGUACUUCUUUCGCUGCAGAGUUAGGAGGAUUAGGUAGGUACAAGUUACCAUUCUCCUAGGUGACUUAUUAUUAUUAUCUGGCAGUAUAAAACUUUGGAACACUGUCCACAUUAUGAGUAGUAUAGGGUGCAUAAUGUAACCUACACCACUUGAGAAGCUAUACUUAGAAGUAAAAAAAGGUCGGUACGAAACCAAAUACAAUCCUAAUAUACAUAAUGAUAUGAAUCUCCCUACUUAAAAAGCCAAAUUAGAAAAUCAUUAAAUUCUUAUACUCUGUAAAACCUAUGCAAAGACAUGAUGAUAUAAUUAUCUCUACUAGAAGCCUAUUUAUCUAAAAUUAUUCAGUUUUAAUACUCUCAUUAUCUCUUAUAUACCUAAACGAGGCCAUCAUAAUGUGGUUAUCUCUACUAAAAGCCUAUUUAGAAUAAUAUCAAACUCUAAUACUCUAUAAAAUCUAAGUAAAAACAUCAGUAAACUUGUGUUUCUAUUAUUAUUAUUAUUAUUAUUAUUAUUAUUAAUUUUUUUAAUAGAACGAUGGGUUUUUUUAGAUUUCUAAAUGAAUAGUGACUCAUUUGAUUCCAAGCUUUCCCACUCCCUUGCUGCUUGAACCUGUAAUGGGCCAUUGUUUUGGCCUCAUUUUAUCUGUCACGGAGCUAGCCUGUACACAGACGUUGUUUUAUUUUUCUUUUCGUUUCUUUUUUCUGGUGGUCAAUAAAUCCCCCGCGGUUUUUAUUUUUUAUCACGUGUGCUCGACGGACUUUGAAAAGAAAAUAGAGGGUCUGUGAACAGGCGGCUAUCACGGGGCUCUUGGCAUUAAUCGCGGGUAGGGCAUAGUUUUAUAGAGGAAAAAAGCCAACUUGGAGUAAGAUACCAUGACAGCCAGGGUAGCUAAAACGUCGUUUGCAAUGAGGUGUUUUGGGGGUCUUUCAAAACGUCAUCGUGAUUAUAUUCCAACUCGCUCAAUUUGUCAAGUAUAGACAGACUCUGCUGAAAUUGAGUAACCAAAGACAAAAAAAAAGGAGGAACAAAGUCGAACAGAAUUUUUUUCCAUUGAAACAAUUUCAUGACUUGUGAAACGCUGCUAGAAUAUUCAACGGUCAAGUUUUUUUUCUUUUCUUUUUUUUCCCAAAAAAAAUGAGGUUCACUCGCCGGGGUUUUACUGUAUGGUUUUCACUACAUUUGAUUUUCUGAACCGUUUAUGUAAAUGUACUGUAGAUGGAUUUGGAGGCGCUGGUGGAUUCGUUAUUUAUGAUGAAACAGCUACCAACAACGAAAAUAAAGCAAACAAAGAAAAUGACGCAGAAGAUAAAGAAAAUAUGUAAGUUUGUUCGUACCUUUUGAAACAUUAAUUAUUCCACCUUUUAAUAACGUCUAUGCCAGGAGAAUUCCUUUAAGAGAAAAAGAAGAAAGGAAUGAAUGACUGAUAUUUUAGUAGUAACACUUUCACUUAGCAGUUCCUCGUCCACCAUUCCUGCUCGAAUUGGAAUUUGAAAAUGGUAGUUUUCGAGGAGAGGGAAUAACCGGAGAACGCGGAGAAAAAUCUCUCGGAGCAAAGGAAAGAAUUAACAACAAAUUUCUACCUUCCGCGUUCGAGCCCUGGUCACGUACUAGGUGAUUUAGGUGCAUUUCUGGGUUUUUGUAAAAGAGCAUCUUCACAUGAUACGGUUUUUUGGCGGAUUGUGCAGGUGUCACAUCAAGUUUUCUUUGUCCGUUUAAGUUGUAAACACAUCACAAACUUAUUAAAGAAAACGUAAUCGUAUUCGUAUAAUCCUAAAGGAGUAUUUAGGAAAUCUCAUGAAAUGAAAAUUUCUGUUUUUGUGGACAUGUAGGCCUCCGACGGGCAGUCAGCAAGAGGCAAUACGCCGUCCAUUGGCUGGGGUACUUCAACCAUCUGUAGGUAUUCCCACAUGCCCAUUAGAAACCAGUGAAGAUGAAGACGAUGAAAUGAUUGGUCACAAUGAUGAAAAUGACGCAGACCCGUUUCCUAAAAGCUGUCAGCCAUCCUACCAUCGCGAUAAAACUGGCGAGGUGUCGCUUGCAGACUUCACUCACGAUCAAACCGCUUUCACCACAGGAAACUUUGCUGCCGCCGCCCGAAUGGCCUCGACUCCAUUCUGCUCUGGCAUUGGCCCAUCCUCGCUACCCAACAUUCCGUGGAGCACAAUCCGUCCAACCAAUGAAAAUUCAGAAAUGAAGGACUUAACUUCUGAGGAGGCGGAAUAUUCAUCGGCUUGUGCAAACGCUGCGAGCUUUGCCUCAACGCCCAGUAAAGCCCUGAGCCCUAUAUUUGAGGGAAGCAACGAGGACUCCAACUCGACCAACUCUAGCCACUUGUCAAACGGGUCUUCAAGGCGAGGCUCGUGUUCAACCGUGUCCCAGCAUAAUGGACUGGAACUGAGUAAAAUCCAAGAAGAGACAAGUUUGUGCCAGGCUGAGACUUUACCACAGGAAACCAAUGUUGGUCCGGCUGUGGUCAAUCCUUUCGCGGGGGAUGUUGUCGAUGCAUUUCUAAGCAGGAUUAACCCUCCUUUGUCAGAUUAUGAAGGAUUUACUGUUUGCAGCCGGGAGAUGCCAAAAAUUGCAACUAAUAUUUCAGUGUGUUUUGGUAGGUUAGGAAUCGUUUUAUUAAUAUCAGAACCCCCAUUUUUGUUGUGCCAGUCGAACUAGUCUGUUCACAGACCCUUUAUUUUCUCCUAAGAGAUCGUCGGACGCGUUUGUAUUAGGGGUUUUCACAUGACGUCACCAAAAAUUGAAACUAAGAAACUAUCGAAUCUGAGUUUCUAAUCUGAGUUUCUACUUUCAUGAGGUAUUACAGCACCUAAAAACCUUUAUUUAUACAAAUUUUCGGUUCCAAAGGGUUCUUCGUUUUGCGAUAGAAGAGGCUUGAAUUUCCAGGCUUUUGAGUGACGGGGCAUUUAGCUGGCGGAUGGGAAAACUCCCCUCAAAGGGACACCAACAUGGCGUCUCCAUACAAAGCCUUAUAAAUUUGUGUAAAACGUUUUUCCGAAUAUCUCGCAUAAGAAUAAUCGCACAGACUUGAUUCUUGGCUUGGCUUUUUGUGUAUUUAUAUUUAUUCUGGACUUUCUGUAUUGAAUUGACGGCUGGCGCAAGGGAUCGAAAUAAAGGCGGGAAAAAAGCGAGAAAAAAAGUCUGUGGACAGUCUGCAGUCGAAUAUCUUUGUGUUCUGUCUUUGUGUCUUUCUGUUCUUAGUUUUCCCAACCUUUCUGAGGAUACUUAUUUGGGUUUUUUUCGCGUUCACUUAAAAUUUGCGAAAAUGGAAGGAGCAUGACCGAAAAUGCCUGUUAAAACAGUAAACUAAUUUUCGUGAAAAGUGAGGAUCCAAAUAUCCUCGUUUUCAUUUUUUUAACUGCAAUAUCUUAGUUUCGAAAGCAAAAUUGUCAGUAACAAUCACAUGAUCGUUUUUGACAAAUUACAAGGUUAAGACCUCCUAGUGUCCUAUACACGAGGCCGGAAAUAUAUUUUUCUACUCUCCAAAAAGCGCCUAUCGAAAACCCUUGCUUAGUAAACACCGGGCCGAAUUGAGUAACGACUGACUGUAAUAACUGCUGGAUUAACCAAACACGCCGAGAUCGUUGAUUACGAAAAUACUGUAACAGUGAUUUUGUUUUUGAUGUUGUAUAUUUUAGGAAAUGAUGAUAUUUACCACGUAGAGAAUCUAAUUGGGUCAGGAGCUUUUGCCAAAGUGUACUUAGCAAGCAAACGACCUGAUGACGAGACUGACGAUGAGAAGGUUGUAUUGAAGGUAAAUAUUACUUACUUUUAACUAACCGAUAAAUUACGUUUGCUCUGAUGUAGUGGCUCCCCGGCUAACCUAUUCUGCGAUCUUAACAACAGGUUCAGAAGAUUUCCAUCGAAUGGGAGUUCUACAUCAGCAGGCAACUUCAUAACAGAAUGCAAGUUCUUGGCUGUUCAAAGGAGCUGGUGAGGAUAAUUCGCGAAAAAAAUGCGUUUAAGCUCUCUAGUUGUGUAUUUUAAACACUUAGGUGUUUCACUGCCCAAGGAAAACAGUUGUUAGUGUUGUUAACAAAUUCAAUUGUUUGACUUUUAUCUAUCUGUUUAGCAUGAAAUGUUUAUGAAUCCGCUGGCAGCUUAUGUCUACUCCAAAUCGUCCGUGUUGCUGGAUAGAUACAAGCCGCUUGGAACGAUUCUCGUAAGUACAGUAACAUUGCUUCGGUACACUGCACUACUAGCUUAUUUUUUCGCGCCCUUUUUUAUCCAGUCAGGUUCCAUUGUGACACUCUCAGGCGUUUAAUUUCCCGCGCUUACCGUCGGCUACAUACUCUGUUGCAUGUUCUGAUUGGCUCAUGGAAUUGCUCAUGGGUUGUUUGCGCUCAUUCUUGAUUGGUCUAAGCAAGAAACAUCUAAGCUUUAUUACUUUGCUUUUGUCUUUGUAACAUUUAAUCCAAACAGGUGCAAUGGUGACUUUCUCACACGUUUAAUUUCCCGCGCUUCCCCUCGGCUACAGAAUUUUUUUGCAAUUUCUGAUUGGCUCAUGGAUUGUUUGCGCUCAUUUUGAUUGGUUAAAGCAAUUUUUUGGCUUUUGUUCUUGGGUCAUGCAAUCCAAUCAGGUGCAAUAAUGACUUUCGCACGCUUUUUCCCGCGCUUCCCGUCGGCUACAUACUUUGUUACGGAUUGUUUUUUGUUUGUUGUUUUUUUGUGCUCAUUGUGAUUGGUCAAAGUAAAUUACUUUGCUUUUGUUCCUGCGACAUUAAAUUGAAACCGUUCUUUAAGACACAGCACAUACACUCACGUUCUUGAAUCUUUACUUAUGAACCUUCUAAGAAAAGCCUGUUUUACAAUGUUGUUAUCGGCACCGCAAGGAAAGUGAUUUACACCUCUCACUAAAACUUCAAAUUUGGAGAGAUCAAACAUGCUUCGACGUUCUUGAAUGCUAUUUUCAAACUAAAAGAGAUAUUUUGCAUAAUUGCGAACCAUUUGCCAAAAAUGGGUUAAGUAACCCCGCGACCACAUUUCCCAUUUAUUACACAUGCAUAUGUUGUUAUAUUACUCCGUGUUUAAUUCAGCAUCAUGCAAAAAUCUUCUGAACAGAGUGUUUUCUUUUGUGUCCAUGAACAAAUUUCUUACUAAUUCCACUAUUCUUACCUCAUAAAAAGUUAAUUUAAUGAACUUCUUUUCCCCAGGACAUGGUGAACAAAUACAAACUCAAUAAGAAGAGCAUAGAAGAAGGUGUAAUGUUUUUUUACACAAUCGCACUGUUGCGCAUCCUUGAAGUGUCACACUCGUGCCAGAUCAUCCAUGGUGAUGUUAAACCAGACAACUUCCUUGUAUUGGACACGUAAGUAGAGUGACGAGUUUGUUGACAAGGGCAGAGACUUCAUCUUUACCUCUAGUCCAUUUUGAAACGUAAGACUGGCGCCGUUGUGAGUCUACAUUACGAGUAAUCAGUCCCUCGUUUUCCUAAGGGAUAGUAUUGGGAGCAAAUCACGCGAGCACGCUUGAAAAUUGCCAUCCGCCAGGAGGGUGUAAUGCGUUACUCCUUCUCCUCGCACGUAGCAAUUUUCAAGCGCGCUUGUGUAUUGUAUUCGAAGAAAAUGAGGGUCUACUCGUAGUCAAUUAUGAGUUCUCUUGGUCCAACCAUUGUGGCCCUGGUUGCCAGUAUUUCGAAGGUGACGCAAUAUAUGGUUUGAGUCAAGAGAUCUCUUGGUCUGAGUUUCACUGGCUGAUUGAUCUCUUUCCAAUUAUUCGCGUUUUCCUCUCAAAAACCCAACCUUCCCAGAUGUCUGAUGUCAUUCAAGUAUAGACUAAGGGACCGGUCAUUAUUUAUGUGGGGGGGAAUCAUGGGGUGGGCCAGGCCUAUUUUUUUUUAGAGAAAAGGGGUGGGCCAAAACAGAAUUUCACGAUGAUUGGGGGUGGGUCAUUGUGUGUUUUGUAAAGAAUCACACUCACUACAAUUCAUGUGGAAGAUCUAAAUAAAUUCUAAUGCAAUACUGGACAUAAAAUAUGACACAACUGGAUGUCACAUGUAGGUACCCAACCUAAGUGUCAAUGAGAUCCGUAAGCAAGAGCGAAGAAAAGAAAGCAAGUUCGAGCCUUAAAAGAUGUACAUUGCUAUGACUGGAAAACACUUGUAGAGAAGGGGGAGCUUGACACUCUGAAAGCCCCCGAGUUGGACAAAUACAUUGAGCAUAAUAAACUUAGCAAUAACGGAAAGAAAAUCGACAAAAUCAAGCGAAUCAAUCUACAUUUCCUUCAAGCGUCAGUGUUGGUGAGGACAGUGAUGAGAGUGACAGUGACAAUGACCUUGUUUUGUGUGAUGAAAGUGAUAGCAAAAGUGAAUCAGAUGAUGACAGUCAUACUGUAACAAUACAAGAAGGCACAUCAACAAGAAGUGGCCGCAGGGUAGGACACUGGUCCACAAGAUAUGCUGAUUUCGUUCAGUGAACAGGAACUCCUUAUAGAGGUAUAGAUUGAAGGGGGUUGGGGCUGGGUCACCUCUUAUAUAAAGUUAUAUGGGGGUGGGCCAAGAAUUAACUAAUGGGCUUAAAGGGGUGGGUCACGUUUUUUCUUUCAUGCUAAAACAAAAAAAAUCCCCCCCACAUAAAUAAUGACCGGUCCCUAAGAACAGUCUCUCUUUUUUCUUGGGCCGUCAAGUGAAACGCGCGAGACACGAAAUGACCACGCGCGUGACGGGAGAGGCGCUUUUUUCUUCUCGGGCAGCCGCCCUCGUUUGGCGCGUCUCAUUGCUUCGACGCUCGCGCGUGCGUGAACUCCCUCCACUAAUCCGUAGAAAAAGAGAAACUGCUCGCCGUCUAUUUUUAUUAGGGCUCUUUUCUUUGAACUCCUGUAAGGUGGCUUUUUUUUCUUGUAGCGAUGUAGACACACCCGAUUGCGCCGCACUGAAGCUUAUUGAUUUUGGACGCAGUAUUGACAUGAAGCUGUUUCCAGCUGGGACAACAUUCUCCGCUAACUGCUACACAGAAGACUUUCAGUGUAUCGAGAUGAAAGAAGGUAGAGCUUGGACCACACAGGUACAGUACCUCAGCAACUUUAUCUGGUGCAGUGUAACCCCGCACCACGGACACCCGUGCAUCGGACAGUUUCGUUUGUCCUGACGAAAAGUUCAUAUUUUUCCUCCAAAAUUAACCGGCUUAAUACGGAAAACGGACACUCCUCUGUGUCCCAAACUCUCGUAUAUCCCCAAUCCCUCUUUACGGACGCUGGGUAUCUGCGCACUCAGGUCUAGUUAAGUUGUGUGCCAAUUGUUACUAUUGUACCCUGAUUUCUACGGUUUAAUACCAUUUUUUUCCAAAAAAAAAAAACAGUAGCGAAAGCGCGUGACGUGUUUGAUUUUGGUCAGUCCGUCUUUCUUCCGGUGUUUGACUCUUAUGCUGUGGUUCUUUGAUAACGUUUUCUGCCUCCUGUUACACAAGUUUCAAUUCCUCGGCUUUUUUGCUUUUUUGUAUCUUUACAUAGAUAAAAAAGGAAUCCAUGAAGUUUUUGUCUUAAGAGUACGCUUAAUACGGACACUCGGAUAAUACAGACAAAAUGAAAUGUGUGUUAGUGUCCGUAUUAGAGAGCUUUAGAUUUUGAAACGAGGACGGCUAUGAGUACGAGAUUUUCUCAAUACUAAGUAGUGCACGCGCGUGAACCAGCGUCAUUUUGGCGGGAAAACGUGGUAGCCGUCGUCAUUCUACUACGAGUUUUAGCGAGAAUGUCGUACUGGCGGGAACAAGUUAUCAAAUUUUAGAAGUUUAAUCAUUUUGUAACCGUAAAGGGCUAAGCCUUCUCCAAUAAAAAUAACCGCACUAAUUUUUCAGGUAAAAAGUAGUACAUUGAAGCUUUCCGGGUUGAAUACUUUUCGAUAAAACGCGACAAAACUUUAAGUUAAAACUCGUUCUAAUAGUCGUCCUCUUCCUCAAAUCUAAAGCUCUUUAUUAACCAGGUUCCACUGUACAUGUCUGUUAACAUCAAUCCUGGUUCCCUUUUUGCUAGCAAGCUACAAGCCUGCGUAGCAGGCGCUUGGAAGUAGUGAGCUAAAGAGAGAACGGGCGCGCGCAAGGGAGACACGCGAGGGGUGAGGGGCUUCCUCUCCCCUCGCGUGUCUCCUUCUCGCGCGCCGGUUUUUACUUGUGCUCACUACUUCCAAGCGCCUGUUACGCAGGCUAGCAAGCGACAUUCAGACGUUGUUUUUGCCUCCUUGUUGUACAGGUUGAUAUGUACGGUAUCCUGGGCACAGUACAUUGUCUUUUGUUCCAAGAUUACAUGAAAGUUAACAAAGACGAUAAAGGUAGAUGGAAAAUCACAAAAUGUUUCCGAAGGUACGUUCCGGUUUUCUUCACCUAUCUAUCUCUUUUAAGGUUGGGAAAUUGACCUGUGACAACGACGUCAACGAAAACGGCAAAAAAGCAAUAGGUUGAAUAGUCAAGACAACAACUCUGCACGUGCAGCAAGCUUUUUUGUACAUUUCUCUGCCGUCACGGCACGACUACGACGUGAAAUUGCGUAGGGUAACCCUAGAACAAGGGUAACCCUCUCUCCUUGUAAUCAGGCCCUAACAUGGACACCUUUGCAGGGUGCAAAGAAAGUCAGUUCUACAGCUUGCCAUUCGGGCAAGCUGUAGGUAGCAUGUACCAGCCCGAAAGUUAUUUUAACUAGCCUGAAAAAGAUUUGAUGAGCAGGAUUGAUUUCAUUUCUUCUGUAAUUUGAAUUCCCGCAAAAAAUCACUCGCCGAUCGGGCAAGUUAAGAACAGAAUUCACUGACUAGCCCCAGGUUAUCGGACACCACUUUCUUUGCACGCUGCCUUUGGGAACGGUACUAUGUGUCUGUCUUAAAGAGAUGUCCGUCAUGUAAAGGCAGGGGCCAACUCUAGGCGUCCGUUUUAGCGAGAGGCCCAUCUUAUUGACUGAGGUGUUCGUUAAGAAAGAUUUGACUGUACUUCAGCUAUCUUGAUUAGGGCCAAUGCAGUCCAAGUUUUUCAGGCUGAUUUGGAUCUAGACCCACUGGGCUUAAGUAGAUAUGUGAUAGGGCUGUCUGCGGGCCUAUAUUAUGAUCAAAUGGGUAUAUCUUAUAGUCAACUAUAAAAGGUAUAUCGUUCCAUUUCUUGUAGGUAUUGGAAUCCCAUUUGGGGCAGGUUAUUCGAUUCUCUUCUCAACAUCCCCAGCUGUGAACAACAACCCUCGUUACGGGACUUUAGAGAAGAGUUUGAAAAGCUUUAUCAGAUAGACGAAGCCAAUUACAUUAGACAGAAGCAGCGACAUGAUAGGCUAAUGUUUUAGUUCCUAUAGUUCGUCAUUGGAUUGCCGGUUUCUUUGAUGUUUAAUUGGCCUAUCAAAUUAUUGACUACAAUCUUGUAGCUUCACCAAGGCGGAAACUUUCGAAAUCGAUAAUCAAGCCCACGGUAAUCAGUCGUCAAGGGACUUAGAUAUCUAUGGGUUCUUCUCAAAUUCAACAACCUUUUUGAAUCCACAAUAACCACAUUUAUUUGAUGUGGUAUGCCU